UCUUGACUUCGACAUGACAAGUCCAAUGAAGAACCAAACCAUUUUUGCAGAAUCUCCGGGUACCAAAUCUCUCUAUUUGUUAGAAGUGGGAAGUAAAAAAAUCACGGAAACACCCCCACAAUAAUGUAAUGACCAAUACACCCUUGGCUUUCUUCAUCCCACCGCUACAUUUGAAAAUCCCCAGCUUCCUCUGUACGCUCAAAACUAGUUACAUGCCAUUUCUCUCAACACUGUUAUAAGUGUCUAGAGAAGCUAGAGUGAGUUUGUAAUGGCGGGUGAGGAGAAGCAGACUCUUAAUCCUAAGGAAAUUAUACAUGACAAGUUUGGUGUUAAAGCAAGUUACAGAAUUGAGGAAGUUCAUGCUUCUUCGAAUGGAUGCCUCUAUCGAUGUCACUUGCAGCUACCUGACUUUACUGUUGUAUCAAACGUCUUCAAGAAAGAGAUGGAUUCUGAACAAUCCGCUGCUGAAUUGGCUCUCGAGAAGCUUGGCAUUCACCCACUGGAUUAUAAUGAUGAUGAUAUUACAGUGGAGGAAGCUUGGGAUGAUAUCGUUGAACGCAUCAAGUAUAUAUUUUCUGAUGAGUUUCUUUCAGCUGAUCAUCCUCUUGGAGGUCACAUUAGGGCGGCAUUGCAAAGGGAUGGUGAACUUUGCGGAUCAGUUCCUGUUUCUGUCAUCGCUACAUUUGAUACAAAGAUCAACAGUCGUUGUAAAGUGAUUAAUCCUUCUGUGGACUCAGAUCCUAGCUUGCUCAUGUCCUAUGUCAUGAAGGCUGCUGCAAAGUUGCCAGACUACGUUGUCGUAUCUCCGCAUGAAGAUUCACUCCGGAGGAAAAAACCAUACCCUUCAGCAAUUAUAAAAACAUUGGCUACUCAAGUAGAAAGCAUAAAAUUUGAGGCUGUGCAUUUACAAUGUAGCGUUGAUGGUGAAGAGGCUGUUAAGCCAGUCACUCUUGAUAUUUCAUCAGGUCGGUAUUACUUGGAUAUUAUUGCUGAAAAGCUUGGGUUGAAGGAUGGCAGCCAAGUGAUGAUAUCAAAAAGGACUAUUGGCAAAACUGACUCUGGCUUAGAGUGUAGAGUAUACGCUGCCAUAACUAAGUUGAAUCAUUCAUGGAAAUCCCGUGAAAAACGUCCAAUUAAUGAAUCAUCACAUCUUGAAAAGUCUCGGAAUGCAAAAGCUAGUUUUGUUAGUGGUCUAGAUAUUCACGGUGAUGCGAUUGUGGCAUCUGUUGGUUAUCCAUGGAGGUCCCAUGAUCUUGAACACGAUGAUGUAACUUUAAAGUCAUUUUACAGGAUAUGUUGCGGUAUGUCUCCUAAUGGUAUCUAUAAAUUCUCCCGACAAGCACUAAUUGCUGCACAGUUGCCUUUUUCGUACACUUCAAAGUCUAAUUGGAGAGGUCCAUUCCCGAGGGAGAUUCUCUGCAUGUUCUGUCACCAGCAACAGCUAGCAGAACCCAUUUUUACUGUAACUAUAUCCCCUGUGAAACCACUGUCUGGCAUAUUAAGAUCCUACCAGAAGCUGAAAGACUCAGAAUGUGAUGAUAGCGACAAUCAGUAUAUGAGAAGGGAAGAAGACGAGAUACCAGGAUCAGGGACUGGGUAUAGAUGUGAAGUGAAGAUUCUCUCAAAGUCACAGGAUUUGGUUUUAGAUUGCUCACCGGGUAACUUCUAUGAGAAGGAGAAUCAUGCUAUUCAAAAUGCUGCGUUGAAAGCCCUCUCAUGGUUUAAUGGGUUAUUCGAUGACCUUGAUGCUGAUCCAGAUCAACCAUGUUAUUCGAAACUACACCUGGAUAUGCUCUUUCAACGUAGUGUCAUGAUAAAAGGGGCUUUUCCAAGUAGUAGAAAGUAUGAACAGCCCAGGUCUAAAUCAAGGAACACGGGUAUGCCACGUGAACGGAAGCGUGUUCAAUCCAUAACAGAUGGUUCCUUGGUUAGCAUAUGCUAUUCUGUGUCCGUGGAGGUUGAUGCUGACUUUUGGAGGAAUAGUGAAUGCUUGAAAGAACUCAUCGAAAGCAAUGAAGAGAUAGAAUUUGAGGUAGGGGCUAAUUGUGAACCCUUAAUAGAACUCAUUGAAAGCAAUGAAGAGAUAGAGUUUGAGGUAGGGACUGGAUCCAUGAAUCCACAUAUAGAAUCAGCUGUUACUCAGAUGACUGUGGGUGAAUAUGCUUCUUUUAGUACUACACUCUCUGAUGCUCCAGAAGCUUUGAUUUUGGCUGCUUCUGCUGAUACUGUGACAGUCCGCUCGCUCCUAUCAGAACAUCCAACUUUAAAUUACAGUAUACUUUUGCUGGGUGUGAAAGGACCAUCAGAAGAACGAAUGGAGGCGGCUUUUUUCAAACCUCCACUUUCAAAACAGCGUGUUGAAUAUGCACUGAAACAUAUAAGAGAAUCAUCCGCUUCUACUUUGGUUGAUUUUGGAUGCGGAUCUGGAAGUUUAUUAGACUCUCUACUUGACUAUCCAACUUCACUUCAAACCAUUAUCGGUGUUGACAUUUCACCGAAGGGUCUUGCCCGUGCUGCUAAGAUGCUACAUAUAAAACUAAACAAGGAAGAUUGCAACGUCAAAUCUGCUACACUUUAUGAUGGUUCCAUCCUUGAGUUUGACUCUAGGCUGUAUGACGUAGACAUCGGCACUUGCUUAGAGGUUAUUGAGCACAUGGAAGAAGAUCAAGCCUGUCAAUUUGGGGAAAUAGUUCUGAGCUUGUUUCGCCCCAAGCUCCUGAUUGUAUCAACACCAAACUUCGAGUUCAACACAAUCCUCCAGCGGUCUACACCUGAAACCCAAGAAGAAGACAAAACCGAGUCACAGCUUCCUAAAUUCAGGAACCACGACCACAAAUUCGAGUGGACAAGAGAACAGUUUAACAACUGGGCGUCUAAGCUCGCCAAAGUCCAUAACUACAGCGUCGAGUUCAGUGGUGUUGGUGGGUCUGGUGAAGUAGAACCCGGUUUUGCUUCUCAGAUAGCUGUUUUUAGAAGGGAAGCUUCAUCUGUUGAGAAUGUUGCAGAAGGCUCAAUGCAGCCUUAUAAAGUCAUAUGGGAAUGGAAGAAGGAAGAUGGAGACAAAAAAGACUGAUCUCUGAUUAGAGUAGUAACGAGCAAGCAAUGUGAUGAAUGUGUUCACCUAAAAACAACUCAAAGCUUGUUUAGUUCCUUUUGUCUUAGCUUUUGCAGAUGAUUAAAUUAAAUUAACCGUAAAAAACAAUGUUUAAAACUAGAUUAAUGCGAAUUACCCUUUUACCCCUGCA